GCCCAGCCCCGGGGCGGGCGGCGGCGGCGGCGGCGGCGGCGCGGCUAUAAGCGGCGCGGGCGGGGCGGCGCGGCGCGGGCGGGCCCGGCAUGGCGGAGCCGCGGCCCGGGGGCCCGGCGGUAGCGGCGGUUGGCGGCCCGGCACCGCUGCCGUUGCGGGCGCGGCUGAGCUUCGCCGCCGGGCACUUCCUCAACGACCUGUGCGCCUCGCUGUGGUUCACCUACCUGCUGCUCUACCUGCACGCCGUGCUGCGCUACAGCCACGCGCUGGCCGGCGGGCUGCUGCUGGCCGGGCAGGUGGCCGACGGGCUCUGCACGCCGCUGCUCGGCUACGAGGUCGACCGCUCGGCCGGCUGCGGCCGCUACGGGCGCAGGAAGUCCUGGCACCUCGUCGGUACCACCUGCGUCCUCCUGUCCUUUCCUUUCAUCUUUAACCCCUGCCUAGGUUGCAAGGAGAACACUCCACAGUGGGCAGCCUUCAUCUACUACCUCCCCUUCAUCAUCAUCUUCCAGUUUGGCUGGGCAGCCACACAGGUCUCCCACUUGUCCCUCAUCCCUGAGCUGGUGACCAAUGACCAUGAGAAGGUGGAGCUCACAGCCUUCAGGUAUGCCUUCACCGUCAUGGCCAAUAUCACUGUGUAUGGCCUGGCCUGGCUUCUGCUGAACCUGCAGGUGGAGCAGCCUGAGCACAUGGAGCACCUGGGCAUCCAGGAUGUCCCUGUAUUUCGGAACCUGUCCCUCAUUGUGGUGGGCCUGGGAGCUGUGUUCUCCCUCAUCUUCCACCUGGGCACCAAAGAGAAGCCAUACCCACUGGGCGUGCUGCCCCAGCCCGAGGAGAGCACACCCCUGCUGCACAAGGAGCCGGCGAGCCCCCCGCGUCCCCUGCUGCUCUGGAAACACUGGCUGCUGGAGCCUGCUUUCUACCAGGUGGCAGUGCUCUACAUGGCCACCCGGCUCAUCGUCAACCUGUCCCAGACCUACAUUGCCAUGUACCUGACCAACUCGCUGCUGCUGCCCAAGAAAUACAUUGCCACCAUCCCCUUGAUGAUGUACGUCAGUGGCUUCCUCUCCUCCUUCCUCAUGAAGCCUGUGAAUAAGUGGAUAGGCCGAAAUCUGACCUACUUCGUGGGCAUCCUGGUGAUUUUGGCCUUUGCCUCCUGGGUGACCCUGACCAGGCAGAUGGGAGCGGAGAUCUACGCGGCGGCUAUGCUGCUUGGGGCUGGCUCAGCCAUCAUCCUGGUCACGUCCCUCUCCAUGACGGCUGACCUCAUUGGGACCAACACGCACAGCGGUGCAUUUGUCUACGGGGCCAUGAGCUUCACGGACAAGAUGGCCAAUGGACUGGCUGUGAUGGCAAUCCAGAACCUGCAUCCAUGCCCGACCGAGCUCUGCUGUCCUGCCUGCAUCAGCUUCUACCACUGGGUGAUGGUGGUGGUCACUGGGGGCAUUGCCAUGGCUGCCACAGUGUCUCUGUGCUGCAUCAUGAUCUGGCCCAUCCGGGUCCGCUUCCAUCGCCCAGGCUGCAGCGAGGUGCUGGGAGCUUUAUCCCGGUGGGAGAUGUCGGGGCAAGGCUGGCUGCAGGGAAGCUUGCAGCCCUGCCCGGUGGGAGCCGGGUGACCCUCCUGAUGAUGUCUACCUGCUGGGGCUGAACGGAGGAGGGACCCAGCCGAGCGAGACGGGAAGCACAGAGGGAAGGAGCCGGAGCAACACUGUCAACUGAGCCGGGUGCCUGUCCCUGACUGCGGUGAUGUCUGUGCUGCUGGUCCCCUGGAGGGACCCUGACGGGAGGGGAAGGCACCAGGACUGAGGAGCUGGGCUCAGGUGGGAUCUGGCCACUGCCCUGCCUCUCUGUCACUUUGCACGGGACUGGUCACCCACACUCUCCUUGGACUUGCUGAAGGAUGUCCCUGUGUGUUUGCACAAGUGUAACACUAGAAGGCCUGGGGCCGGGCUGCGGGGGUCAGCCCCGGCCCUGGGGGACAGGCUUGCCCGGCCCUUGGUUUUAACAUGCUUUUGUAAGGUCAGUGUCUUUAUAUAGCACUUUUUUAAAGGAGGAGGGGGGAGAGAAAUGAACAACAAAAAACACCUCUAAACUUGAAUAAAUGCUCUUGUUGUCA